CAUAAAUGAGUCAGAGUGUGGAACAGUCUAAUUUUCAUCUGUUGUCCCCGGCCAGGUUUUUAAAUGGCAACCUAACAUUUUAAUGAAAUGACACACACACAAGCAAUAUAUAGAGAUUAAUAUUCAGGCAUGUACAAUACAUAACAAUAAAUAACAACAGAACAUAUUAGACAGCAAGCACUAGCACAGCAAGUAAAGAUCAACAAAAACAAACUGCAGGCAGCAAAAGUCAAAAGUUAAACAUUUGACUAGCUCACAUUAUAAGUUCUGAUUUGCAGCUGUUUGUGAAAUUGUGUUGAUUGGUUUAUAAUUCAUGAUCCCUUGCAGGUAAUAAUACAACAGUUUUAAGGAGUGGCUGUAUUAAAAUGCUAAGGCAAAUCCACGCCUGCAUGCAGACGCACAAUGAGACUCAACCCAUCCUUGAGCGAGCUACCUCUGAGCCUCAGCUCCAGCCCCAGCCUCAAACACAGGCCCACAUGUGCAGUAAGGCAGCAGUGUGUUCUCAACACCAGCUGGAGGAGUGUUCCCUGCUCCUCUUAACUCAACUGAUGGAGCUCCACGACCUCCAAGCUUCCGCAUUUCUGCCACUGUUAAAGAACAAGGUGAGUCAACCAAAGCAUCAAAUCCAAAAAGAAUCCACAAUGAUGCAUAUUCUUUUAAUGUGUAAAAACUCUGAUGUGUAUCUGUUAAGAGCGCACAACAUCUCCAGGUUCUGCGAGAUGAGUAUGAAUCUAAACUUCGGAUGCAGAGCAGCACCAACCUGCUCCAGCUCCUCACCUCAGACGUGCCCUCUAUCCUCGUCUCUAAGAGCUGCAACGAGCAAAAGACUGCAGAGUGCAGCAGCUCUGGAGCGGUCGAGACCCAGAAUGUGAGUCCUGGGUCGACUGAAGUUUCGGCAGCUGUUUUUGUCAGAUGGGCGGACAGUGAACUGAAUGGAGUCCAAGCUGCUGAUGUGACUAACACACAGGAUGACUGCACAGACUGUGGAGCGGUCGUGGAGGAGAUGCCCUACUUGGAGAUAGUUUGUGUCUCAGAUGCGACGGAUAAAACGCAUCUCGCUGCAGGAGGAGGAUGCCAGGAGGAAGAAGGAGGCAAUGCCACAAAAAGCCCCCAGUCUUAUGAGAAACAGGGCUCUUUGAUCACGCUCGCUUGGAGCAAGCCACCAGAGGAGGAUGAGGUUGACUCUGACGCAGCGGCUGCAGAUGGAGGUGCAGAAAUGAGCCAGGCCAGUGAGAGGAUCCAAGUCCUGCCGAGUGAUGAGAGCAGGACUUCUACAUCCGCUUGUCGAGAAAAGGCCGAUGAGGAGCUGAAGCCCACUUUGUUCCAGUCUGGAUCCACAGAGUCUGCAGCGGAGCAGUGCAGCACAGACGGACAGGUGCUCUGCAUAUUUGUAACAGACCACUAAACACUCUCUAUAACUAUAUCAAGCAUCUGAUCUUAUUCCCUGAUUAUUUUCUUGUCAGCUGACCCUGGAGGAGAGGACAGUGGUGGACAAACCACACAGGGGAGAGGAUGCAUUUAACCUGCAAACACAUGCUCUCAUAGCAGAAACCCUGCAGCAUGUGCAGCCACAUCUCUUCACCGAGCUUGAGCCGCACUCUGAUGACCUGUGCUCUGGACCGACCGAUGAGACAGCUGAGGCUGACAGAGAUGGGGUUGGUGUGGAGGUACGUGCCACGGCAACAGAGACAGAGCUGUGGGACCCAAUAGAGCCAGACCCCACUCCUACUGAGGACCCGACACAUGACUCACAG